AUGACUCUCAAGCCAGUUAGUGAUGUCUCUCCCACCGAGUGGGAGUGGGACAAUCUGCGCCACGUAUACGAUGACAUUCCGAUCAAAAUAUUCCUAGUGGCUAUCGCGGAGUUGGCUGAACGAUUCACUUAUCGAUCUGUCUCAGCGCCUAUCCAGAAUUAUAUCCAACAUCCACGAUAUAGUGAAAAGCACACGGGGGCCCUGGGAAAGGGCCAAACAGUUGCAACUGGAAUUAGUUAUUUCUUCGUGGGAUGGUCGUAUUUUGCCCCGAUUCUGGGCGCCAUUGCUGCCGACAGUUAUUUUGGUCGAUAUAAAACGAUUGCUCUCGCGACGGGAUUCGGCUCUAUUGGAGUGUUAAUCCUGUUCACCACAUCGCUGCCGGAUAGUCUCGAUCAUGGCGCUGGACUGCCAGGAUUGAUGAUUGCGUUGGUGUUGAUUGGCAUGGGAACCGGCGGCAUCAAAAGCAACGUAUCUCCACUGAUAGCAGAGCAAUUCUCUCAGCCUGCGAGAAUAAAAACUCUGUCUAGUGGAGAAAAGGUGGUGGUUGAUCCGAAUGUGACUGUCCAGACGAUCUAUUCCCGCUAUUAUUGGGUGAUUAAUAUCGGAUCGCUGUCGGUCAUUCCUGCAUCGUGGCUGGAAUUAAAAGUCGACUUUUGGGCUGCUUUUAUGCUUCCUCUUGCGCUCUGGGGAUUGGCUGCGGUGGCUCUAUUGGCUGGUAGAAAGAACUACAUCGCACAAACACCCAAAGAAUCGGUUAUUACCAAAACAGUCAAGGUCUUCUGGAUCAGCAUCAAGAAUGGAUUCAAUCUGGAUGCAGCCAGAGGGUCUGUCAGAGAUGACACUUUUAUAUCUGAGCUCAGACGGGCGUUGGUGGCAUGUCGUGCUUUUCCGAUAUAUUGGAUCUGCAAUGGUCAGGCCAACAAUAAUCUCGUCAGCCAAGCAUCGACGAUGAAGACAUAUGGCAUUCCAAACGACAUGUUGAGCUGCUUCAAUCCAAUCGCCAUCAUCGCCGCUCUGCCUCUAGUUGAAUAUAUCGUCUAUCCCACUCUCCGUCGAUAUGGCAUCCCCUUUCGCCCCAUCAGCCGAAUGACCGCCGGCUUCGUGACCAUCGCAUGCGGCAUCGCCUACACAGCCGGUCUGCAAGAGUACAUCUACCGAUCCUCCCCCUGCCACCGCCACCCAGACACCCCGGAAUGCCUCGACUACGACGAACCCAGCAACGUGAGCAUCCUCCUGCAGAUCCCCGCGUACUCGCUCAUCGGGCUGUCGGAACUAUUCUCCAUCCUCUCCGCGAUGGAAUACGCCUUCACCAAAGCCCCCAAGUCGAUGCGGAGCAUCGUCACCUCCAUCUUCCUGCUGACCUCGACGAUCGGAUCCAUGCUGGGAAUCACCCUCGCGCCUGUCUCAACAAAUCCGAAAGUGCUGGUGGAGUAUGCCUCGUUGAGUGGGAUUAUGUUUAUGACCGCCGUGCUGUUCCAGCUGGUGUUUAGAAAAUACAACAAAACCGAGGAAGCGAUGAAUCUGAUUGGGGAUUCGAGCUCGAUGUCGGAUGAGAAUGAGAAGGUGUGAUGUGAUAUGGAUUAGCUGCAGUUCAGUAUU